UUGCAUGACUGAUAAUGGAUCUGAAGCAAGGUCAAUCAGCGCCAUGGCAUAUGGAGAUUUACAGUCUUUGAGCUUGUCCAUGAGCCCUGGCUCGCAAUCAAGCUGCAUCACUGGCUCGCAGCAAGUUUCGCCCGCUGUCAAUGACUGUGUAGCGGCCGUGGAAACCAAGAAAAGAGGUCAAGAGAAGGUGGACCAGAAGCAAAUUGUUUAUAGAAAAUCCAUUGAUACAUUUGGGCAAAGAACAUCUCAGUACAGAGGUGUUACAAGACAUAGAUGGACCGGAAGAUAUGAAGCUCAUCUUUGGGAUAAUAGCUGCAAAAAGGAAGGUCAAAGCAGGAAGGGGAGACAAGUUUAUCUGGGGGGUUAUGAUCUGGAAGAAAAAGCUGCAAGAGCUUAUGAUUUAGCUGCACUCAAGUAUUGGGGACCCUCCACUCAUAUUAAUUUCCCACUGGAGAACUACCAAAAGGAGAUUGAAGAAAUGAAGAACAUGACUAGACAGGAAUACGUUGCACAUUUGAGGAGGAAAAGUAGUGGAUUCUCAAGAGGGGCUUCUAUGUACAGAGGAGUAACAAGACAUCACCAGCAUGGAAGAUGGCAAGCUCGGAUAGGCAGAGUUGCAGGGAACAAAGACCUUUAUCUUGGGACAUUCAGCACACAAGAGGAGGCGGCUGAAGCAUAUGACAUUGCAGCCAUAAAAUUUCGCGGUGUGAAUGCAGUAACGAACUUUGACAUAACACGAUAUGAU